CCCAUGUGUUUGUGUUUUUCCAGUCGUUAAGGUGACCGUCGGUGAGCGCGGCACCUGCUUCCCAUUGUCAUCAGCUGAGUAGGUUCAUCCUACAUCCUACAUUUGGUGGACAUCUAUCAAACCUAACAAAAAGCUAUACUUGAAAAUACUCUACUAUAAUUUGCAACAAGUUGUGCUGGACAACAUACAAAGAUGGCACUUAAAGGAAUAUUGGCGUAUCUCUGCUUGCUAGCAGUGUUUCCGUACUCUCAACAGGAUGACGUUGAAAUGAAGAACUGCAGCUCUCAGUUGCUGGAGGACCUAACUUCUGAUCUCGAGGUGGCAGUAGAGUGCAGCAUAAAGCAGAAUUGGACCCCACAGCAGAGGGCGACCUUGCUGGUCUACAUGAGGAAUCUGACUGAGGUGCUGCACACACAACAGCUGAGAGAAUGCCAAGGAGCCGAGCCCGUGAAAUGCCCGGAGCCCGAGGUUCCUGAAAACGGAGGUUUGGUGUGCGCCACCGUGGCUAACGCUCGCUACUGCAAACCCAUGUGCAACCAUGGUUACGACUUUGCCUUCCUGAGGAGAAGUCGCGUGUUUGAAGAGUGUAGCGCGGCGACAGGUUACAAGUGGAGCAGUCAGUACGUAGGUGGAAACAAGCUGGCUUUUUGUAACGAAGCGACUCGAGCGGUGGGGCCCGAGACGGCGUACUUUGCCAAAGACGAGGACUGCCUGACCACCAAGCGGAGCGAACAAACGAAGAGCGACAUCCUUCAAGACUUCACAGAGGAGCUCAAGCGUCACGACGGCGUAAACGGAGACAUCGAGUCACUGUGCCUGGUGUGUGGAUAAAUUCAAACCCAGUGUACAAGGAACUUUGUGGAAAUCAAAUGUUCACUUUUAAACUUUGGGCAAUUUGGCCUCUGAAUAAAACAAUACUUGUUACAAAGUGCAAA